GUGCCUGCUCUCACCUGGUCAGACAGGUUCAAGUUCAAACUCAACAGCAGAAUUGCCCAGUCAGAGAGAAGAAAUAAGAAAACUGACAAAGAAAAGCGGUGUAAACAGAAAAAACUGGACCGAGCCAGAGAGAAAACUAGUCAGAGCAUCAUUUCAGAGGUGGAGAGAGCUGUGGGAUUUGUAAGGACUCAAGAGCAACGCAGUGUUGGCUGCUUCUCGCUGGACAAGCACCAAUGAGUCGAGCUUUGUGAGUGGGCAGCAGUCGGCCCCGUGUGCUGGAUGUCUGUGACAGAUCCAUGGGCCAGAAGGACCAUGUGGAGGCAGGAGCAGGCCACAUCCUCGACCUGGGGCUGGAUUUGGAGUAUCUCCACGUAGCGGGGGCUGACUGUCAGGCUGGCGCCGCUGACGGGCCCCCUGCUAUGGAGGAGCAGGGGGAGAGCUCCAGCACCAGCAGCACAGCCAAUUCCCCUCCGCCGACCGUGGUGGAGGAUAACGCUGGGUCUGACGCGGAGGGCGAGCCCGGAUCCUCUUCCAGUGCCACCCUUGCCGCCGGCUCUGACCCAGACGGAGCAGAGGGAGCGUUGACUCACAGCAAGAGCACCCACCAGCCGCUUUGUCGGACCCAGUGUGUGGACUUAGGCACUGAGGGUCCCCCUGAGCCCCCAUCUGAACCCACACUAGAGCUUGAACAUGACACCCCUCCCCAGUCCUCACCCAGUUCCCCAUGCAAGCACCCACCUGAAUCUUCAUCCAAUCAAGAACCGGUAUCUGAGGCUGGUGGGAAGGAGUACCAGGCUAAGCUGGAGUUUGCCCUGAAGCUGGGGUACUCAGAAGAGACAGUGCGACUGGUGCUGUCCAAACUCGGCCCUGACACCCUAAUCAAUGAUAUACUGGGAGAGCUGGUCAAACUGGGAACCAAGUCAGACAGCGAGCAGCCAGCUGGAUCAUUAGCCUCUACCUCAUCGUCAUCAUCCUCCUCUUCCUCUUGCGGCUGUUCGGAUUUACUGGAUGGCCAGAGGUCGGACUCACCCUGUCCUUCAGACUCUCUGUGUGACCAGGACAACCUGCGGCCAAUUGUGGUGGAUGGCAGUAACGUAGCCAUGAGCCAUGGCAACAAGGAAGUGUUUUCCUGCCAGGGCAUCCAGCUGGCCGUCGAUUGGUUCCUGGAGCGUGGCCAUCAUGACAUCACAGUGUUUGUGCCUGCGUGGAGGAAAGAGCAGUCCCGCCCCGAUGCCCCAAUAACAGAUCAGGAAAUCCUGCGUCGCCUUGAGAAGGAAAAGAUCCUGGUCUUCACUCCUUCGCGGCGCGUCCAAGGCCGACGCGUGGUUUGCUAUGACGACCGCUUCAUCGUCAAGCUGGCCUAUGAGUCAGACGGCAUCAUCGUCUCCAACGAUAACUACAGAGACCUGGCUAAUGAGAAGCCCGAGUGGAAGAAGUUCAUCGAUGAACGGCUUCUCAUGUAUUCCUUUGUAAAUGACAAAUUCAUGCCCCCGGAUGACCCUCUCGGUCGUCAUGGCCCCAGCUUGGACAACUUCCUGAGGAAAAGACCUGUCAUGCCUGAACAGAAAAAACAGCCGUGCCCAUAUGGAAAGAAGUGCACUUACGGCCACAAGUGUAAGUACUACCACCCCGAAAGAGGUGCUCAGCCUCAGCGUGCCGUGGCUGAUGAGCUGCGUGCCAUCGCCAAGACCUGUGUCACCACAAAAAACCAGGGGGACACUGGGCUAGUGAAGAGCCACAGCGUGCCAGCUGGCAGCAUAGAGGCAAAGAAAGGCGCUCCGAAAAGGCAGUCGGACCCGAGCAUCCGAGCACUGUCAUACAGCGAUGCGGAGGAGAAGUUGCUGGCGAAAGGGAGAGCCGAAAGCCAGAAGAGCAGUCUGUGUAGCAGCAGCAGUAGCAGCAGAACCAUGUCCCCAGCCCCAGGAGGCGGCCCGCCAUCCAGUCUUAGCCUUCCUCAGGACCAACAGUCCAGAACAGCGACUCCUCAUGCUCUACCAGCCCCCAGCCAUGACCUUUACCCUCACUGUGAGUCUCCAGACUUGAGCUACUACUCGGUGACGCGUGCCUACUCGGGCCUGAGCCUCUCCUCCAGAAGGAGCCCAGACUGUCGCUUCCCCAAUGACACUGACCUGCGGCUGGGCUCUAUGGGCUCAGCGGGCUCGGAAUGUGGCAGUGAAAGCAGCGUGAGUUGCGGUAGCAGCUGUGACUCGUAUGGUGAGAGGUCAUGUCCUGCGUGCCCCCCAGACACUUUGUUGGAAGACAGCGUCCAUUUUGCUAAUCCCCACAGCCGGCUGUAUCCCCAUCACGCCUUGUCAAACCAUGAACUAUGUGGCCUUCAUCCUGCCGAUUACACGAAUAUCCAACACAGCCACUCAUCUAAUGCCGGAGUACACAGCUACCACCUGAGUGUGGCGCGUGGGCAGGGUUGUGCCCACGAUCAGCCUCCACCAGAAGCACCCCCCAAACGCCCUCUCUACCCUUUGCCCCCUCAUCUCCAGCACCAGCCACUGGCCGCACGCUCCAGCUGCCCGGGCGACUACCACUCUCUGCCCCAGUCCAACCCCCACCCUCCCGGCUCCCCUCUCGGCCGCUGCCUGGCCCCGACGCGAGCAGAGAGUGUGUCAGACUCACACCUGUAUGAACACCUCUCUACGUCGCACCACCACCACAGGGCUAAAGCUCUGCCCAGCUGGGACACAUACUACAGACAGCCUCCGUUACCGCCGUCCAGGUAUGAGCCGUCGGCCUAUCAGAGCCUGCCAGACACACGGCAGUCUUCCUGGCACGCUCCCCCCUGGGCACAAGACGGCUACAGCCAGCACCACUCCUCUCACCCAGCCCUCCACCCGUCCCCGACACAUUACUUAAACCACCCGCCACCUCCAGCCCACCCUCCUCACCCGCCUCAUCCAUCCGGCACUCCUCUCCCGCCGUACCCGCCUCAUAGCGCUCACCUUUCAGUGCCCUCCCACGCUCCUCCCCCCUCAUCCUACAUGCCGCAGCACCCCGAAUCUCCAGCACACAGCCACUAUGGGGACGUUAGGGAGAAAGUGUACGUCAACCUGUGCAACAUCUUCCCCUCGGAGUUGGUGAGCCGGGUGAUGGCCAGGAGCCCCCACGUCACAGACCCCCAGCAGCUGGCAGCCGCCAUCCUUGCAGAGAAAGCCCAAACAGGCUACUGAAGAAUGAAGGGAAAUGUGAUCUCCUCUUAGAAAACAAUAGCAGUUCUGUAGUCUGAGUAGAAAGUUUUGCAUCAGAGCAAACUGGAAUUUGCCUGUGCAAGCACGUUGGGUUUGCAUGGUGGAAUUUUAAAUAUUGGAACGCUUCUGGAUUGUCUGCAAGGAGGGUUUUGUCUUUUCUUAUGACAUGAAUGAGACAUUGCAUAGGAUUUAAGAAUACAAAAUGCUGAAGAUAAUCCAAAUCCAGCUCUGGUCACUGUGCAGCGACAACAGAAUUCAACUCAACUAUAACAAGUGUGGAGAGAGCGAGUCAUUUGACCAAAUCUUUGACAGUAAGUGUGACUUGUGGAGAAAGUUUCUAGACCUGCCCAGUUAUUCAUUGUUUAUUUAUUUAGUAGCAUAUUGUACUUUCAUGCGUUCACAUGUAGGCGUCACAUUUAAAAAGGCACUUUUCCUGUAAAGCACCAGACGGAUGGGAUCUUCUACUUCAUAACUAAAAAAGCAUCACAGAUGAGCAUUCAAACCUCGUUCCAUUUGUGAUUUUCGUAAUUGGUUAUGUCGAAAAUCCCCAGUCUGUUACUCCAUGAUCAUCUUUCACCAGGGUUUCUAACUACUAUUUUACAGAGGUCUGUUUAUCGUGUUAAUCUCUGUCUGUGUUGUGCAGCCUUUCGUGGUUUUUUUUUUGUUUUUUUUUCCAUGUUGGUAAAAAUUGGGUGUCUGAAAGAUGGUUGUCUUAUUUGAGAUGCCGUCAGUAUUUUGGUCAGAGUUGUAGCUGUAGAGAUGGGUGACCCUGUCGUGUGUACCUUAGUUUUAGUAAGGGACAUCUCUCUCUCUCUUUCUCUAUCUAUCUAUCUCUCUCUCGCUCUCUGGCCCUUUAUUUUGGGUCAACUCUGGCAUCUGCUACAGACAGAGAACAUCAGGACAUCGGUAAAUCAAAAACAUGUAUGUAUUGUAAAUAUAUUUAAUGGAUCCCCUCUGCCGGGCUUUAGGCUAACAGCGUCUUACUGUUGUCUGUAGCAGAUCCCAGCUGAAUCCAUGCUAGACGGAGAAAAACCUUGUUUGAUACAAAUUGUAUCAUUAACUAAGUCGCUGAUGUUAUAUACAGUACAUGGACUUGUUGAUCUGUAUUUAUCAAACACUCUUGAUGUAUUGCUAUAUGAUGAAGUGCAUUGACAGCAGUUACGUUCCAAUCGAGAUGUUCCAACUUUUAAUCUUGUGGAAAUUGCUUUGAGACAAUUAUUUCACAUAUGUUUAAGAAACAAAAGGAGUUGUCUGCCUACUAUGUUUAGGUACCGCAACUUCUUUACAUGCGCUUUUGGGUUUGAAGCUGGCUUAUUUCCUACAAGAGCUCCAAUUAAAUUAUGUGUGAGAAAUAUUCUUUGGUUCAUUGGUUAACUGACCAUUUGGGGAAAAACAAAACAAAAACAGAUGCGAAUUAGUCUGUUUUUUCAGUGAGGUUGGGGUCAGUUCAUUUUUUUUUUUUUUAAGCUUCUUUAUUAAGCCAGUAAGUAGACAUAUAAAACAUUAUGCUUGAAAUAAUAAUAAUAAAAAAAAAAAAGAUUUUUGUUAACUAAUCUACUGUUUCUAUUAAAAUCAUAACAUUGAGUGAAUAGACCCCAACCAUUUUUGGUAAGUAAAGUUUUAUAUUUGGGUCAGUCCCAUAUCCCAUGGCGGCCAUUUUGAAUGUCUGUGACACGACAGCUCUGCCUGGGGUUAACAGAGAGAUGGGGUCUUCAUAGAAUCCAUAAUUAUGAACUUGGGGUAACAGCUACAGCGAGCUUAUAUGUAGCAAGAAGUUUUGCUUGCUAACCUGGUAGCUACUUUCCAGACACAAAUGGCGAGUUCUGGUUUAAUAUUGUCGGGUUAAACAUAAUGUCUCUUUUCUCUUAUUUGUCCAGAGUGUUUUAGUAAUAAUAAAAUAGAUAAUAUUUCAACUUAACUGCAAACAGCAAAAAUGAGGACUGUGGAGAAUACCUGAGCACUUACUAAGCUAUUGCCAACAUUUCCUUAGUAUUAACUUACCUGACCAGUCUGUCACAUAUUGCAUGCUCUGAUGCAACAAUCUCUUAGGGUGCUUGCUUUAUCAGCCUACAAGUGCUGUAGGUCUGCGUAAUUAGAUUUAUAUGGCCAGUCAAAUGUCAAUUUUAUUUUUUAUUCUUUUGUUUUAAUAAUUCAGCAAUCGAUAAUUAAUGUUUGUCAGGUUUCUAACUGGUUAGCAGCAGGAUGUAGCUCUGCUUUGCUUGAUCGGGUGGAGGCUAAAACGUAAAGUGUAAGUGUUCAAAAUGGCCGCCAAGGAAUUUAAAGUCAACAGAGUGAGCUCGUCAUACAAUUCAUCACAAGCCAGCUACAUAAAACCUACUGGUUUCUUUCCUGUCCAACAUGUCACAUUGUACAAAGAAUGAUUAAUUGUACAAUAACACGUGCUGUUGAUGAGAGAACCUUUGUGUGUAUUGAAGAAGCGCCUUCUCUCUGGCCUCCUGGCACUGUGUGUCAGUGUGGCACCUGAGAGUGGGCCCAAAGUAAUGCCUCUUCAUGGCAUUGUGCUUAUGACACAUCCAAUACUCUGAACUAUGUUCAGCUAACUGUUAUGCAUGUUUUGAUUUGUUUUUUUGUUUUUUGUUUCUGCAUGGUUCCUUGUGUUUAAUUUUUAUGUACAUAGCUGUGUUUCUGUCCUGGAAGUUUGUCUUGCCGUCACUGUGACACGAUGCUAGCUGUUGAGAUCUGUCGAGGCUUACUUAUACACAAAACUGGUUUGUUUUAACAUUUGUGCUUCCGUUAAUGUUUUAUUGCAUAUAUUAGUUAGUAUUGGUUUCAGUACAAACACCCUUUGGCAUUCAAUAUGAAGUCAAAUGGGAGCGCUGUCUUGUUUUGUGUAAGGCCUGACAUUUACUCCAAGGUAUCAGGAAGCAUGUUUUGGAAUGCAUCCCACCCAAUUUCAACGCCGUUUGCUUUGGAAGUGCACUUGGCCAUAGCUAGUGAUAACUGAAACCAUUAUAAUGAAUUGACUUCUGUGCUGUAGAUAUCUCAAGGCUAUACAGGCCAGUACACUAAUAGGUUGAAAAUCCUUGGUUAUGAAUUCUAUUAAAAUUUACAAAUAGAAAAACAGUGUAACUAAUUGAUUAUUGUAACAUUUUCACCUGUAACUGUGAUUGUUCAUUAAAGAGAGUACUGCUAUAAAACAUCUGCAAUCAACACUGUUGUUGUAAAGAAAUGCUUGUUUAAAGAAUAACAGUGCUUUCCUUAUGACAAAAACAUGUCAAGUUGUUGAAUUGUAUUAAACGUGCUGUGUUUUUAUAUCUUGCAGGUAUUGAAGUUGUAGUCUGUAACUUUCUGUUAUAUUGGCUAAAACUGUCAUUACGAUCUGGCAGUAAAAUAAGAUAUAGGUCAGCUGUGGAAAAAUCCCAAUUUGAUUUGCAAGAAUCCAGCCCUCUGGAUCAACACAACCAAUCCGAGCCAAGUGUCUGACAAGUGCCAAUCAUGCUCGUGCAUACGCAGGCGCACUGCCUGCCCUCACCUGCUCACGUAGUUACAAGCUCACGCUCAAAUUGUAAACAACGGCGACUCAUUCAAUCUCAGACCAAGACAACAAAAUAACAAGACUGACGAGCGGCAUGUCGGAGCUUCAGGGAGUUGCGCCAUUCGUACCGACUCAGCGGCUUCUCUGCUCGACAACUGCUGCUGCACAUCAAGUCAUCAGCGACUUUGCCUUAGACCUGCUCAAGCUGGAAACUGGAAACCGACUUUUCUUGCCGAUUAUGAAACGACAAAUAAAGAUUGCUUGCAACAUGACGCCAUGGAAUGGAAGAAGGACGCUCAGCUGGGGCCAACUCAAGGACGUCAUCCACCUCACAACAUGUCAAAAAUCUGUCACAUCCUCACGCGGCAAUAAAAGAUACGUCGACUUCGCCGCCAUAUUGGAUGCAGCAGCUCUGCCCCAGUCAGUGGACUGAACUUUACAAAGCUCCUUCUACAAAGUGCUGCAGGUGAUGCUCAGGAGGGACAUGGCGCUCUCUGCACAUCAACUCAUCACUUUGGUUUAGCCCUGCGUAAUCUGGAAGGUGGCAUCCCAUGACGUUUGCCGGUGCUUCUCAAAUGAACAAAUAAAGGCCGAUUGAUGUGACAUAAUGGGCCGGUUUCAUGCCUCUCAAUGCAACAACUUUGCCCCAUCCUCGCACUUCAGUAAAACUUCAGCUGCUCGUGCUUCAUUUUUUCAUAACCCCCUGCUUCCAUCUCUCAGAAAGCCCGGGGAGGAGACACCGCUCCCCCCCAAGGCCCCGCAGACCAGCUUGGGCAGGAAUCGAACCCCGUGCGAGCACCUAUUCGCGCUACAAACACGCCUGAGACCCACCGCGCCACCAGUCCGCCAGACACUUCAACUACUUCUCUGGGCGCUUUUCAUUACGUACUUCAAACUUAGGACUUUUAUAAGAAUCAAACCCAAACAAGACUUGAACCCACGACCUCACAACUUCUAACCCUGCUUUUACCCCGCUCAGCUAACAGGAUGCAACAGUCAAACACUCUCAGAGGUUUGCACUCCUUCUUCUGAGCAGUAGAUUCAUAAAGAGUCAGACACCAGCCUUUAAAGCUCAGGCAAGGUUUGAACCCACAACCUUCAGUCUUCAAACCAGCUCUUUAUUUCACAGAGCUAGUGAGCUGGUGAUUAACAGCUCUUUCGGAGAGGAUUUCACUCUUUGUUUUGGACAGCAGAUUUAAAAAUCACCUCAACUAUCCAGGCUUUGAACCCACAACCUCCAGACUAUUAGAAGAAUCGAACCUGCCACCUCAGAACUACUGAGCAGGCUGCUAGCAGCCUGAGCUACUGGAUCUGACUCAUGCUUUUUGUUUCUGUCACAUUUCACUUUUUUCAACCCCCAAAUUUCAAUCAAGAUUUGAACUCACCACCUCAAAACUUCAAACCCUACUUUCACCCUGCUGAGCUAACAGGAUGACAGGAGACAUUGACAUUCAUUAGAAGAGCUGUCUUCAAAAUUCAGACUGACUCAAGGAUUAAACUGACAAUCUCAAACUUCACGACAGUCCAACACACUGAGCUACGUCGACAUCAGGUGUCUGAACCUGAACCUCAGUUUGUGUCCAGGCCGUCUCGCUUCGUCCGUCUGCGUCUCCAUCAGAUCAUUUCCCGGCCAAAACAUCGGUUCAACAGCAGUUGGUUGUAUCAGGGCGUCACCCUGCUACACAUUUCAAUCAAGAUUUGAACUCACCACCUCAAAACUUCAAACCCUACUUUCACCCUGCUGAGCUAACAGGAUGACAGGAGCAAACAGUCUCUAACUAUUCUGAGCACCAACUUUAUAAAGAGUCACGACUCAAACCAGCAGCCUCCAGACCAGCUCGUUAGAUACCUCAACCUGCCUUUCACUCUUUUAUUUCAAGAGCCGUCUUCAAAAGGCACACAGACUCCAGGCUCAUCACAGCUCAGUCACAGCCAAACGGACAGUGUCCGACAAGUCACAAUCAUGCGCGUGCAUACGCCCCUCACGCCCUGCCUACUCGCCAGUGCCUCUCCCCCGCGCAGGCGCACUGCCUGCCCUCACCUGCUCACGUACUUACAAGCUCACGCUCAAAUUGUAAACAAUGGCGACUCAUUCAAUCUCAGACCGAGACAACAAAAUAACAAGACUGACGAGCGGCAUGUCGGAGCUUCAGGGAGCUGCGCCAUUCGUACCGACUCAGCGGCUUCUCUGCUCGACAAGUGAUGCUCAGGAGGGACAUGGCGCUCUCUGCACAUCAACUCAUCACUUUGGUUUAGCCCUGCGCAAUCUGGAAGGUGGCGUCCCAUGACGUUUGCCGGUGCUUCUCAAAUUAACAAAUAAAGGCCGAUUGAUGUGCCAUAAUGGGCUGGUUUCAUGCCUCUCAAUGCAACAACUGUUAAAAACGUUGCCCCAUCCUCGCACUUCAGUAAAACUUCAGCUGCUCGUGCUUCAUUUUUUCAUAACCCCCUGCUUCCACCUCUCAGAAAGCCCGGGGAGGAGACACCGCUCCCCCCCAAGGCCCCGCAGACCAGCUUGGGCAGGAAUCGAACCCCGUGCGAGCACCUAUUCGCGCUACAAACACGCCUGAGACCCACCGCGCCACCAGUCCGCCAGACACUUCAACUACUUCUCUGGGCGCUUUUCAUUACGUACUUCAAACUUAUGACUUUUAUAAGAAUCAAACACAAACUUCAUCGGGACUCGAACUCACAACCUCACAACUACUCACCAGGCUCCUAUCAGCCUGAGCUACUGGAUCUGACUCAUGCUCAUUGUUUCUUUCACAUUUCACUCUUUUCAACCUCAACACAUGAAACUAAAUCAAGAGUCGAACUCACAACCUCAAAACUUCCAACCCUGCUUUUACCCUGCUCAGCUAACUACAACUAACAAUUGCAGCCUCUCUCAGAGCUUUUCACUCCUUCUUCUGACCAGCCACUUCAUAAAGACUCACCAUCUUGGCACCAGCCUUCAAAACUCUGGCUGGCUUUGAACCCACAACCUUCACUUUUCAAACCAUCACUUUAGCUCGCUGAGCUAAUGAGUUGGGGAGAAACUUCUCUUUCUCAGAGGACGUCACUCUUUGUUUUGGAUAGCAGGUUUAAAAAUCACCUCAGCUACCCAGGGUUUCAACACAAAACCACCACACGUCACUCAGUAUUAGGAGAAUCGAACCUACGAUCUCAGAACUGCUGACCAGCCCUCUAUCAGCCUCAGCUACUCCAUCUGACUCAUACUUAUUGUUUCUUUCACAUGUCACUUUUUUCAAUGGCAAACCUUAAAUUUCAAUCAAGAAUCGAACCCACAACCUCAAAACUUACAACCCUGCUUUUACCCUGCUAAGCUAACUACAAGUAACAAUUGCAGCCUCUCUCAGAGCUUUUCACUCCUUCUGACCAGCAACUUCAUAAAGAGUCAGGAUUCAAACCCACAACCUCCACACCAGUUCAUCACAUACCUGAAUGUCCUGCCUUUGACUCGUUUAUUUCAUCAGCUUACUUCAAAACUCACGCUGACUCAAGGAUCCAACACACUGAGCUACCUGGACGGCAGGUGUCUGAACCUGAACUUUAUUUUGUGGCCAGGCCGUCUCACUUAGUCCGGCUGUGUCUCCAUUGGAUCGCUGCCCGCCACAAACAUCACUUUAGCAGCAGCUCCUUGUAUCAGGACCUCACCCUGCUGCUCUGGGAUCUGCCUCUGUACUCCUCCAACCUCACCCAGGUCUCAGAGACAUCAACUUACAGCACUUUGGAGAAGGACAUUUACAAACAUAAUGGCUGCAUUGUCGGAUACUUCAUUUUACUUUAUUAAGUCUCUUUUUACACUGUCUUCCGCUGCUUAUUCCACUAAUUACUGAUCAAGAGGGAAAGCACAGCCAGCAACCAACCAACCAGAUCACUGACACACUGUUGGACAGCACGCUUUUACAAGCUCACCUCCAACAUGACAAGAUCAGCGUUUCACAGCUUCACAUCAGCCAAACAUAACAAACUAUAGGAAUGAAUGGUCAGAUUUGACAGAAAAAGCUGUACUUUUCAAAAGCUGAAAACUCAUAGGUUGAAUGGCCUUCAAAGCCUCAGCAUUUUGGCUCAAAAAGAUGAAUAUUUUGUGCUUGCAGCAUUCACACUAAUCACUGGGCAGCCAUGUUAUUUUCAUGUGGAUCACACAAUGUGAUUCUGAACGGAAACAUUUCCUACCAGAUGGAACCUUCAGUGAUCAAAGUGAACAUUCCAUGAUGCGCGUCAGCGAGGGUAUAAAAGGGACAGCUUCAGGCUGGCUCAUCAUUUCACUUCAGCCGUCUGAAGAGGUCACACUGCAGAUCAAGCAGAGCGAGCAGCCAACACGCCGCGGCGGACAGCAGACUUUAACAACGCUCAUCUCCAACCACAUAGGAUCAGCGUUUCACUGCCUCACAUCAGCCAGAGAUAUAACCUGCUGUCAUCGCUGUCACACCGCAGGCCGCCACUCUGCAGCGUGAGCUUAAAAAACAAGUCAAGUCUCACGCACACAAGCUGUUGAGCCGGAGACCUUUUGCCAAAAGACGGCAAACAGAUCGCUGUCCGGCAGCAACACACCACAGAUGAUGUGAGGACCAGGCGUGAGGAGAAGUGCGGGGAACAGCCGACGGAGUACGAGGACGAGUCAGCGGAGCAGCAACAGUCGCUACCUGAAGUCCACCGAUAACGCACCACCGGCCCCUGAACUGAGGAGACGCUCCCAAAUACGCCACAGCGACCUUCAAUCCGGGUCGUGGGUUUCCUCCGGGUCCCCCGGCUCCCACAAGAAAAAGGAUACAAAUUGAAAAUCAAUUUGGACCUGAAUCUGGACCUGAAUCUGGACCUGAAUCUGGACAUUAAUCUGGACCUGAAUCUGGACCUGAAUCUGGACCUCAAUCUGGACAUUAAUCUGGACAUGAAUCUGGACAUUAAUCUGGACAUAAAUCUGGACAUGAAUUUGGAAAUGAAUGUGGAAAAUAAAAAUUUGAAAUGAAAUUGAAAAUCA